AUAAGAUUUAGAUGUAAUUUUCAAAUUACUGAAAUAAUAAAUAAUACCCUCUUAACAUUGUGGAUCGUUUGAACAUAAACAAAAAGCGAGAGGCUUAUGGGGGAUUUCAACGCCGUCAUGAAAUUAGAUUUCCAAGUGCCGCUACCAUAUUUUUCUUUGUAUUUCUGGACGCUUCCAUAAUUAACUCACGAAACAACUGCAUCCAACUGAUUAGAAUAUGCUCUGCCGAAUUGACAAAUAUAGCUCGGACAUCUCUUGCUCACACAAUUUUCCUUUCCUCGCAACAAUACAAUAGCUCGAAACAAUUGUUUUUUUCUCUACAAGCCACGAACAUCACCUCUCUUUUUUGUCCUACCGCCAUUACAUAAUUUGCUCCUCUUCUCAACAUUUCCUACUUCUCCUUUUUCGCAAAAUCUGAUCCAAAACUGAAUUUUGGAGAUGUUGGUUAGUAGAAUUUCAUCACGAUUCCCAAGAAGAGGCAUCCUAACUAAAUGCCGAAGCUCGCUGCUUCACUAUUCCCGACAACAGCAGCAACAACAACAACACGUUCCAAUUAUUGCAUCUCAGUUCCAUUCCCUUCGUGAAUUCAAAGAAAAGAUUACCCUACUCCAUGAAUCUCCCCUGCAACAAUUUGGAAUUUCAUCCUCUGCAUCUCCCCAACAUAAUGAAAAAGAGACAUCUGAGUCCCAAAGUAAACCAGGAAGCACAAAAGAGAAUGGAAAUUGUGAAGCUUCAGUAUCUGUUGAUUCCCAGGUUCAAGAUGAGAAUGAUGAAUCAGGUUCUGAUUUGGCAUCCAAUCAUAACAAAAAUGAAAAUGUCAAACGAAGGAGAAGUCGUACUAAACAAACUGUAUUUGCUGAUUCUGACUCUGAUUUAGAUGCUGAUGACCUUUCUAGGGAUGACUUGAUGAAACUAGUGGCUGAGAAGGAAGAACUCCUAAAGACUAAAGAUGACGAGUUUCAGAAAAUGAAAGAUAAAGUACUCAGAUCUUAUGCAGAGAUGGAGAAUGUCAUGAACAGAGCCAAACGAGAAGCAGAAAAUUCCAAAAAGUUCGCUAUUCAAAAUUUUGUUAAAGCGCUUCUAGGUGUUGCUGAUAAUAUGGGUCGGACUUCUUCUGUCGUAAAAGAGAGCUUCUCCAAAAUUGAUGAAUCUAAGGAUACUGUUGGAGCUGUGCCACUUCUGAAGACACUUCUCGAAGGUGUUGAAAUGACUGAUAAACAGCUUGCUGAGGUAUUCAAAAAAUUUGGUGUUGGAAAAUAUGAUCCUACAAAUGAAGAAUUUGAUCCAAACAAGCAUAAUGCAGUGUUUCAGGUGCCAGAUCCUAAAAAGGCUCCUGGCAUGGUUGCUGUAUGCCUCAAGUCAGGGUACACGUUGCAUGACCGAAUCAUUCGGCCAGCCGAAGUUGGUGUGACGGUUGCUAUGGAGAAUACACAAGACAGAUAAAAAACCUGAAGUUUAAACAGAUAGGUCAUGAAUCGAGAUUUUGUCUAUUAAUUAAGUGAAACCUGAAGAGAAGUAUUUGCACACGUUCGGAAAGAAAUUUAGUUCAAGAUCCUCCAAUGCAGCUGUCCGUCAGAGUUGUAGCUUUUUCUAGUAUUUAAGUAUUUUUUAUUUAUACAUUGUUAAAUAUUACAUUAAUAAUGAUAUCCUUAUUGCGGGUGGGAAGAUCGUCUUUGCCAUCCUUUUGUCCCCUUAUCCAAAGUAGGAUGGUGUUAUGCUAUGCUGUAGGAACUCCACAUGAAUUGUUAUCUUACCUUUCGUCCUGGUUUGGCUCUGUA